AUGAAGUGAAUCUAACUAUGAAAUAGGGACUCGAGAAAUAAGUUCUUAAAUUUUAUAAUUCCCAAAACGUAUUCCAUAUUCUUCAUUUUAUAUUCGUUCGAUGGUUUUUCGAAUAUAUUGACUGGGUAAAAUGAAGAAAACCAAAUCUUUCUAUGCUCCAACCCUAAUUGAAGGUCUUGAAGCACGCCCUCAAGUUCAGUACCUGAGUUGUAGUGAAAGUCAAGACAUAGUAUAAAAUACUUCGUGCUAAUAGUUGACCGGCGAUAAAUCGAGAGGUAUUUAGUGAACUCCGUAAAGGAAUUUAGUCGUAUAAGUGUAUUGAAGAUAUUCAAAAUGGAUAAAAUUAACGAGAACCAGAUAAAAAUUGAAACAACCGUCGAGAAAGACAACCAGGAUGAGGUGAAUACAGUGUCCACGGAAACAAACACACAGGUUCUGGAUUCCAAUAGAGGUUUACUAUUCGUAACUCAGAUUCCCUUGUGUUUCUAUGAGGAAGAGAUGAUGGAACAUUUUUCGCAGUUUGGACACGUAACAAAUGUGAAAAUUUGCAGAUCUAAAUUGUCUGGGAUGAGCAAAGGAUGCGGCUUCGUGGAAUUCACAACUUCUGAGAUGGCCAAAAUUGCGUUGGAAACAACCAACAACUCCAUCUUCUCCAAGAAGAGGAUUUCAGCUUCCUUCGUACCGUUUGAGAAGAGACCGUCGUUCAAUUCAGUUGUUCGUAAAAAUGCUGCAGGGGAAUACGGACCUGGCAAGAAUUCGUUGACCAGAAGCAAAAUUUUACGUAAUAGAUAUAUGGCAAAGAAGAAAACUCUAGCAACUAUCCGAUUGCAAGCGAUGGAGUGCAAAAUUCAAGCCGUUGAAUAGAUGAUAGAUUUUAUAUUUGAAGUAUAUUAAGGUAAAAUCAAUAACAUUGUUUCGAAAUGCUUCUUUUUUUAUACUUAACUUAUUUAAAUGCUUUUUUUUAGUUUAUUAAUGUAUUUUCUGUUAAAAAGUUGAAUAAUCUGUUUCCAAAAAUUCGCUCAACCAAAUAUCUACAUCUAAAUGUUGUUUUAAAAUGAAUCAAUUGAAUAAAUCCUAGAAAU